CUUUUAUUUUCAUUUUUGUAGUUUUGUUGCCUCUCUUUCUCUAAACCCUAGACUCUCAUCUCAUACCUGAAUUUGAGCAGCUAGGGUUUAGAAUUUUAGUUUUUUUAAUUUCUUAUUGUUCAUCGUCGGAUAAAAAAAAUAAUAAUGGAUCUUCCGAGUCUCGCUGUUGUUCUUCAAGCUGCUCUCAGUCCCAAUCCUGCUGAACGCAAAGCUGCUGAACAAAGUCUCAAUCAGUUUCAGUAUACGCCUCAGCAUCUGGUGAGACUGUUACAGAUCAUCGUGGAUAAUAAUUGCGAUAUGGCGGUUCGUCAAGUUGCUUCUAUUCAUUUUAAGAACUUCAUUGCUAAGAAUUGGGCUCCUCUUGAUCCAAAUGAGCAGCAGCAAAUUUUGCAAGGUGAUAAAGAUAUGGUUCGCGAUCAUAUUCUUGUAUUUGUAGCUCAAGUUCCUCCUUUGUUGAGGGUUCAAUUGGGUGAGUGUCUCAAGACCAUUAUCCAUGCUGAUUAUCCUGAGCAGUGGCCACGACUUCUGGACUGGGUGAAGCAUAACCUACAAGAUCAGCAGGUUUAUGGAGCUUUGUUUGUCUUACGGAUUCUUGCUAGAAAAUAUGAGUUCAAGUCAGAGGAGGAGAGAACUCCAGUUCACCGCAUUGUUGAGGAGACAUUUCCCCAUCUUCUCAAUAUAUUCAACAGACUUGUCCAGAUCGACAAACCAGCACUGGAAGUAGCAGAUCUGAUCAAGCUUAUUUGUAAAAUUUUCUGGUCAUCUAUCUAUUUGGAGAUUCCAAAGCAGUUACUUGAUCCAAAUGUGUUCAAUGCUUGGAUGAUUCUUUUCUUAAAUGUUUUGGAGAGGCCUGUACCUCUGGAAGGCCAACCUGUGGAUCCUGAGCUCAGGAAAUCAUGGGGUUGGUGGAAGGUGAAAAAAUGGACAGUUCAUAUUUUAAAUAGGCUAUAUACUCGGUUUGGAGAUUUAAAGCUCCGGAAUCCUGAAAACAGGGCUUUUGCCCAAAUGUUUCAGAAGAGUUAUGCUGGAAAAAUUCUGGCAUGCCACUUAAACUUAUUGGGUGUGAUUCGUGUUGGUGGCUAUCUCCCUGACAGAGUUACCAACCUUAUUCUUCAGUAUCUAAGCAGCAGUAUCUCGAAAAAUAGCAUGUAUACUUUGUUGCAGCCACAGCUUGAUGUUCUUCUUUUUGAGAUAGUCUUCCCCCUCAUGUGCUUCAAUGAUAAUGAUCAAAAGCUUUGGGAGGAAGAUCCACAUGAGUAUGUAAGGAAGGGUUAUGAUAUUAUUGAAGAUUUAUAUAGUCCAAGGACUGCUUCCAUGGACUUUGUCAGUGAGUUAGUCAGAAAACGUGGAAAAGAGAACCUUCAAAAGUUUAUUCAAUUCAUUGUGGAAAUUUUCAAAAGAUAUGAUGAAGCACCAAUAGAAUAUAAGCCCUACCGACAGAAGGAUGGUGCUCUUCUUGCUGUUGGAGCACUUUGUGAUAAACUGAAACAAACUGAGCCCUAUAAAUCUGAACUGGAACAUAUGUUAAUGCAACAUGUUUUCCCAGAGUUCCGCAGUCCUGUUGGUCAUCUUAGAGCCAAGGCGGCUUGGGUAGCAGGACAGUAUGCCCAUAUAAACUUCUCUGACCAGAAUAAUUUCCGCCAAGCACUGCAUAGUGUUGUUUCUGGGUUGCGUGAUCCGGAACUUCCUGUUCGUGUUGAUUCAGUUUUUGCAUUGAGAUCAUUUGUUGAAGCUUGCAGAGAUUUAAAUGAGAUUCGUCCAAUUCUGCCUCAACUGCUUGAUGAGAUUUUUAAACUUAUGAAUGAGGUUGAGAAUGAGGACCUUGUUUUUACACUGGAGACUAUAGUAGACAAAUUUGGGGAGGAGAUGGCACCUUAUGCUCUUGGAUUAUGUCAGAACUUGGCAGCUGCAUUUUGGAGGUGUAUGAACACUGCAGAAGCUGAUGAUGAAGCCGAUGAUCCUGGUGCUCUGGCUGCAGUUGGCUGUUUGCGUGCCAUAAGCACAAUACUGGAAUCAGUUAGCAGGCUUCCGCAUCUUUUUGUUCAGAUUGAGCCAACUUUGCUUCCAAUCAUGCGAAGAAUGUUGACAACUGAUGGUCAAGAGGUUUUUGAAGAAGUCUUGGAGAUUGUUUCAUAUAUGACCUUCUUUUCUCCGACUAUAUCCUUGGAUAUGUGGAGCCUUUGGCCUUUGAUGAUUGAAGCAUUGGCUGAUUGGGCUAUAGACUUCUUUCCAAAUAUUUUGGUUCCUUUGGACAACUAUAUAUCCAGGGGAACUGCACAUUUUCUUACUUGCAAGGAACCAGACUACCAGCAAAGUCUUUGGAAUAUGAUUUCAUCUAUAAUGGCAGAUAAAAAUUUAGAGGACAAUGAUAUUGAGCCAGCUCCAAAGUUGAUAGAAGUAGUGUUUCAAAACUGUAGAGGACAGGUGGAUCAUUGGGCUGAGCCAUAUCUGAGAAUCACAGUUGAUCGAUUGCGUCGAACGGAGAAAUCACGCUUGAAAUGUCUUCUUGUACAAGUGAUUGCAAAUGCGGUUUAUUACAAUGCAGCAUUGACAAUCAGCAUAUUGAAUAAGCUUUGUGUUACAACGGAAGUGUUCAACCUUUGGUUCCAGUUGUUGCAACAAGUUAGAAAGAGUGGUCUACGGGCUAAUUUUAAGCGGGAACAUGAUAAGAAAGUGUGCUGCUUGGGCCUUGCAUCACUACUUGCACUUCCUGGUGAACAGUUAGCUGGGGAGGCUCUUGGGCGAGUGUUCAGGGCCACCCUUGAUCUCCUAGUUGCAUACAAGGAUCAAGUUGCAGAAGCUGCAAAGGAGGAAGAGGCUGAAGAUGAUGAUGAUAUGGAUGGUUUCCAGACUGAUGAUGACGAUGACGAUGUUGAUGGUUCUGACAAGGAAAUGGGAGUCGAUGCAGAGGAUGGGGAUGAAGCUGAUAGCAUCAGGCUUCAAAAAUUAGCUGCCCAGGCAAAGGCUUUCCGUGCAAAUGAUGAUGACGAUGAUGACUCAGAUGAUGACUUUAGUGAUGAUGAAGAGUUACAGUCACCAAUUGAUGAAGUAGACCCUUUUGUUUUCUUUGUGGAUACUGUCAAAGGUUUGCAAGCAUCAGAUCCUAUGAGGUUUCAGAACUUUACACAGACACUGGAUUUCCAUUAUCAAGCUCUUGCAAAUGGUGUUGCUCAGCAUGCUGAACAGAGGAGAGCAGAGAUUGAAAAGGAGAAAAUGGAGAAGGCAUCUGCUACUGCUGCUCCAUCAUGAGUUAAGUUUUGGAUUGAAUUUUUGGUUUGCAGGAUGAGUUCAUUGAUAAUUCCAUUCAUUUAGAAAUGGUAUAAUGAAACCAAGAGUCGAUUCUGGUCCAUUCAAAGCAUUCAUUGGUUCAUAUGGUCAUGAAGGUGAUUGAGCUUCAAAAGGUUUUGAGGUUCGAGUGCGUGGAGCUUUGUGUGUACAAGUUCUCAAUCGUAAGCAGAACGCAGGAUUAGGGAACUCGGAGUUUGCUACUGUCACUUGUCAGGUUUUGAAUUAGGUUAGGCUGGUGAGCUGGCCAUUCUUUGGCAGAAGAUGGCCGUCUCAAACAGUUUGUGUUGUUUCCUUGUAGUCCCUUCUUUUGCUAUUUUUUAUUCCGCUUCCCACUUAUUCCAUCAUUUCUUUUUGGGUCGUCAUAUGUUUGGUCACUCUAUUGGUUGACCGGGACUCUGAUCUUAUCUCCUGGCAGUCACCAGGGAGGGUCCAUUGCAUACGUAGUAGUCUACGAGAUGUCUUGCCAUGUUGUAAUCAGAUGGCUAAAUAUAUAGGAUUGUAUUGAUGAUUUUGGUGAAGUGGUCGUCCAAAAAAUUUUCCCUGUCAGGUAUAGUGUACCAAUAUUGCGGAAUAUUUGUUUUUGUUUGGGUUAUGGAGAUUUUUGGUAUCAGGGGGGUUGUUGGCCUUGGGUGGUAGGUAACUUGGUUGCCGAUUUGUAAGAAAAGAUAUCUUGACAAUUAUUAUUCUUUAUAUAAUGUGGAUUAAUGAAAGCAAAUUAUUCUUGGGAUC